AUGUUCCCUCCCUACAUUGAAGUGAUGGGAGGGGACACCAGUGUAGCUUGGGUCCCUGGGCACUUCACUGUUCAGGCCAUUGGAGAUACCAAGGAAGAGCCACAAACAUCACAACAUGGAAGCAGCCCUGACCUCUCCAUUCUUGCAAUUCAAUCUAAGACUUCUUAUGUGUCUGGUGAUGGUGCAUCCAAUAAUCUUGUCAUAUUGACAGCUCCCUCUUCCUCUUCCUCUACUGGAUCUUCUGAAGAAGCAGUUUCUGCAUGUCCCAUCUGCAAUGCCCCUGGGUACUCCUUUAAAGCUCUGGAGCAGCACAUGAACAAUUUUCACUUUGCCCUCAGGGGCAAUGAAUGUGACAAGCAGAAUGAAAGUGGAGAAGGUGGACAGGAAUUUCAAGGGUCCAUGACUUGUCCCAUCUGUUCGGUGAACUUAGACUCAUUCGAUGUGCUUGAAGAACAUGUGGAGCGUGCUCAUGUGAGCAUCCUCAGCCCAUGCCAUAACACACCAGGGGUAUCAACUGCAUCAUCUUUGGAAUCCUUGGUGACUACUUGCCCUAUUUGUGGAAUGUCUGCCUUUGAGUCAUCCAAGGAAAUGUCAGAGCAUGUGAAUGCUCAUUUUGAAAACAAUGAUCAAUCAGAAGAUCAGGUGUUGCGUGAUGGGUACCUGGCCCAAGAACUGGAACGGAGGGAAUGGGAGAGCAUGAAAAGGGAAAGAGAGAAGAAGCGCCGUCGUGAAGAGACUGAAUUCCAGGCUUUACAGGAGGAAUAUGGAAUGAGUCAAAAGAAAGCAAGUGAUAUCUACUCACAACAUUUGACCCGCAAAGUUGAACAAGGGCAAUUGUCUGCAGUGGACUACCACGUGAAGAUGAUCCAGCAUCGCACCUCCCACAGUGAAUCCAUCACUGAUGAUAGCUCCAUCAUGACGAGAGAUCUGACAGGUGCAGUGAUGAAAUUCUCCAGUCAGUCACCCAAGGUUAUCAAGACUUGGAUUUGCAAUUAUGCUGAUCACUUCUCUGCUGGAUUACUGGACAAGGGCUGGGGUUGUGGAUACAGGAACCUGCAGAUGAUGCUGUCAUCAAUGAAGUGCUCGUCAGCAUACGCCCCUCUGGUAUUCCCACAGGGGGAGACAAUGUACUCCAUCAGGAGGCUACAGUCCCUGAUUGAGGAAGCAUGGAAGCAGGGGUUUGAUGGUCAGGGUGCAGAGCAGCUGGGGUACAAGGUCCAGGACACAUGCAAAUGGAUUGGGGCCACUGAGGUCAUCACUUUCCUCUCUUCAAGGAGAAUCAGGUGCCAGUUGGUAGACUUCCACAUCCCCACUGGACCCAACAGCACCCAUCCCCAUCUGUUUGAGUGGGUCAAGAACUACUACAGCUGUAUCAGAGACUAUACCCUCCCGCUCUACUUCCAGUAUAAUGGACAUAGCCUGACCAUUGUUGGUGUGGAGCAGCUGCGGGAUGGAUCCACAUGUCUGCUUGUUUUCAACCCAUCCACAUCCCCACAGGUGAUGAAAAGACUCAAAGCAGAUAAGCCAUCCUCAGUGGUUGCACCCUCUCAGAUGAAAGCCUUGCGCAAGUCACUCUGUGAUCUCACCAAAGACCAGUAUCAAAUUGUUGCUGUCUUUGGUACCAUGUCUUCACGAGAGGAAUUUGAGGUAGGUCUCUUAGCAGGAUAG